AUGGUUGAUGAUCUAUCGGCACAAGCCUUUUUAGAUGCCUUCACUCGUUUCGUCAGCCGACGCGGUCCCUGUCGGGAUUUAUAUAGUGAUAACGGUACAGCGUUUGUUGGUGCCAACCGACUCUUGAAGGAAGACCUUGCGGCAUGGCAGGGUGAGAAUAACCAGCGAUCGUUAGCAAAUUCGGGCACACAUUGGCAUUUUAUAACACCCAGUGCUCCGCAUCAAGGAGGCCUCUGGGAGGCGGCAGUGAAAUCCGCUAAGCACCAUUUGGUACGCUGCGUAGGUACGCAGGUCAUGUGGUACAGUCAACUGCAGACGUUGGCUGUAAGAAUAGAAGCCUGUCUCAACUCCCGUCCUAUUACACCACUUUACGACGAUCCUGAGGAGAAACUUGCGUUAACGCCUGGUGAUUUUCUGAUUGGGUCUCCACUACUGGCGGUUCCCGAACCAGAUAUCAAACAAAUCCCGAGCAAUCGUCUGAAGCAAUGGCAAUUGGUACGUCAAAUACAACAAGGAUUUUGGAAGCGAUGGAGUGAGGAGUAUCUAACCAUUCUGCAGAGACGAAACAAAUGGCUUCGGCGCACGAAGAAUAUAAGGGAACCUGUCUCCAACCCACUGGUGUCUGGGUCGAGUGACAAUAGUACAUCCCGGAGCUGA